UAAAAUUCUAUACCAUAAUGCAAUUGGCAAUACCCCACUUCAUGUAAGAGGUAACAGAGAAUGCCCUAUUUGACAGUGGUUCGAUUUUCGCGCUUUCCUGGGGAUUCAAGAGGUAGUAAACAAGAGAAAAACAAAAGUUAUCAUUCCCGUUGCCAUGGCAACGCGAUUUUUAUAGAUCACCUCGUCCAAUAAAGUGCCUCGCUGACGUUAAAUUAUUAAAAAUAGUCAAAAAAUUCAUUUGUCAAUGGAAAGGUAAAUAGUAAAAGAUGUGUAUUCCAACGAAAAAUUUUUUUCCAUUUUUCCACCAAAUUUCAGGUAGACCCCCGCCUUAAGAAUCUCGAAACUUUUGGCUGAAUGGAAAGCGCUUUUGGACAACCGCACAACCAGUACUGGGGGAUCCAAGACUUGGAUCCCCCAGUACUGGUUGUGCGGUUGUCCCGACGCCGAACACUCAUCGCUCGUGCCAGACCCCUGAAGGCCUCUAACCUGUUGUAACAUAAGGGUCGCCAAGUUAGUUGGGCAUAUAGAUAUAUCUCCUCAUCCAUCUUUCAGUUUACUUUGCCGACAAAGCAGUAGCUUGCCCUUUUUAUUACGUUGAAAAUUUGAUCAAGUUAAGCUUAUUCAGCACAUUGCUCGAAACUUUUGUUGGCUCGAGAGCGGUGGAACCAUCCAACAUGGACAGAAUUUGGAAGUCGAGCUUCUUUCUGCUUACAAUCGCCUUCUUCGAUAUUUUAGCAGUUUCAGCAGUUGACAGACUUCCCACAGUAGAUAAAGCGAAAUAUAAAACUUAUUUACGAAAGUUUGCGAGCAAUCGGAAUCACUAUAAAGCUGAUGCUAGGCAGAACUUGGAAAAUGCAACACAGUAUGUCAAGGAGAAGUUUGAGAGUGCCGGACUCACAGUCAGUUUGCAGAAUUUCACCACAAGUGUUACAACAACUGGGCAGAGUGUCAGUGGUACCAAUGUAAUUGGAAUACUAAAAGGUCAGUUCUUCAACACAGCAAAUGAUGAAGUCAUUGUGCUUGGGGCACACCUUGAUACAAGAGGAAUUUUACAUGAAGGAGUAAAUAAUGAUGGGUCUGGUCUAGCUGCAUUGAUAUCCUUAGCUGAGGAUCUCACUGGAAAGGACAGAUGUGUGCAGAACCACAGCAUUCUGUUUGUUGCAUUUGAUCGUUCAGAAACCUUUGAUGUGCAGCAAGGGCAUGCUGUAUGUAACAAGAGCUGUGGAAGCACAGCUUUUGUCAGCGAUAUAAAUGCUGUAAUUCCACAUGGAUCAGUCAAGACUGCCAUUAUUAUGGAUUGUAUAUCAAACUUUAACCUUGAUGCCAAUAGCCAGAAAAUUUAUGAGAAACCCAUCAAGGAUUACUUCAGUACCUUUUUUCUUGAUCAAGGGGACCUCUACUUGAAUAAAGGAAGCUAUCUUGCAGUGGUUGGCAGAGAAGAUGAAAAGGACCUCUUGACCAAAUAUGUUGAUCAAUUUAAUGAAGUGAAGAAGACAACGUAUGAUCAAUACCGUGUGUUUGAUUUCAUGUGGAACUUCAAGGGGAAACCAACUGGCAUAAAUUUGACAAAUGUAGAAACUGCAUUUGAAAAGUCUGAUACAUUAAGUUUUUGGGAUGCCAACAUCAAGUCUAUACUACUGACAGAUACCUGCUAUCAACGCGACCCACUAUUUAGCUGCCAAUCUAGUUCUAAUUGUGAUAACUAUUUGACAGCUUCAAGGGAUGAUAAUCUUGGCUUCAUGUACAAUACUGUGACUGCAGCAAAAAACCUGACCAAGUUUUUAGUUUGCUCUGACUCAGAUAUCAAUGAAUGUACACAAGGAACUGCCAAGUGCUCAAAAAAUGCAACUUGUACUAAUACAUUUGGCUCAUACAAGUGCAGCUGCAAGAAUGGUUACAGUGGAAAUGGCUUCACUUGUGAUGAUAUUGAUGAAUGUGCACAAGGAGAUGCCAAGUGUUCGAAGGAGGCAUAUUGCGUUAAUUUACCGGGUUCCUACAGUUGCAACUGCAAGGAAGGGUUUAGUGGAGAUGGCUUCAACUGUGUUGCAUCUGGGACUACAACUGUUGCUGCCAUAUUCUGUCAUGUUGUGAUGCUUGUAGCCGUUGGUUUGCUGGAAUUCACAGUGUAGAUGUGAUCAUGUUUUUACGGGGAAAUCUCAAGUGGAAUUUCGAUAGUUUCUAUAUUAAAUGGCAGCAGAACUUCUCAUCCAGCAACCUACAGUAUCAAUCUUUGAAAACUUCACAACUGCCAUUUAAAUUUCCAUUUUCCAUUUCUGACAUUGGCAUUUCUUUUUAAAUGUACUGUUGACUUGUGCAACUGGCAAAUUCAAGCACUGGGUGUAAAUCACUCAAAGUCGAGACCGGUUCUUGUUGGGCACUUUCCAUUUGACCUACAAGCAUGCUAGUUUGAUUUUCCAGACCUUUCCAGUGGCAAAUGGAAAAGCAUAUUCUGGAAUUUCCGGAAAAGAGAAAUACAUGUACCCAAAUUAAUUUUAGAAAUUUUCGGCUUUUCUGGAAAUCUUUCAGGGAAAUUUACAUAACCAUCACAUGCUCCUGUUUCAAAAGUUCCAGAAUUCUUGGUUGAACGGAAAGUGUCUAUUGUUUACCUUCAAACGAAUUUAUGAAUCGGAGUUUGUUGUUGUAAUGAUAUUAUUUUACUAAUAGGCCUCAUUAAAUCAAGAAAAAGUAUAGCAAUUGAUUAGUAAGAAUCACACCAGGAGGGGGUACUACCAGAAAAACUGGGUGGGGAUGUGCGGCUGGCUUCCCAAAACCCUUACCCUAUUGAUGACGAAAAUCUGCAAUUGUGUUCAGACCAAUGUUAAAUUGCCGUAAGCAUAAUUUGUCAUGGGCUUUCAUUGAUGGUCUUAUCGAUAAUGAUGAAAAGGUAGCUUCUAAUGUUGAAAACAUACUGAUAUCAAGGCUAGAGUGCAAAAACCAUACCCUAUUCAAAAUGGCCAGAAUCGAUACCCUGAUACCAAAACUGCUGAAAAACCGUACCCUUUGGGGCCGCACAUACCUGUAUAUCCCAUAUAAGGGGGUACCCCUCCCCUCUCCCUGGUAUCAUGCUACAUCUUUACUUGGUUUUCACACAGAGGUAUUUAUUAGAAUUUUUACUUGGCAUAAAGUUCUUUAUUGCACAGUUUUUACGACCAAUAAUAUUAGUAUAUUUGUAGAAUUAUAUCACUUGAAAUCACAAAAGUGAUAUUUUGAUGACUGAAUUGAAAACAUUUUUAGUUGAAAUAUUAGUACUGUAGUUCAGGUUUUAAGUUUUAGAAUUAGUACUAGCAAUGUGGCAUCUGAAUCAAAUGAUUAUCAUUUUCAAUUUUUUUUUACAUCUAAAGUGAUUAGUAUCUGAUUGCUUGCCAUGAUAUACCUGGUAGUUUUAAAAUAACUGAAGCCAACAUGGUUCAGAAUAAGUAAUUGAAUGAUAACAGGGUGAUCAGGGCUUUCCACAGUUCUCGUCAAAUUUGUCCAAUACACAUCAUCACAUAUUGUACAAUCAAUGAUUGAUUGACUGUAAAUCAAUUGAGUGAUCAAUUAAUUAGUAAGGCAGUGAGUAAGUCAGUCAGUCAGUUAUUAUGGUAUUGCGAUUUUCUAGCACUCGACAUUUUAAUGUCAAUUAGUCAGUAGUCUACAUGACUCGGUAGAGAACGAUUUAUUUAAAUUAGUUAGUAAAUCUACCAGGCAAUGAAUCUUGUAUAAUUGAGUCUGAAGAUGGUAUAGAAUAAAUCCGAAAUGUAAUAUCACUAAUUCUCCUUGCAUCUGCUGUCUUUAUUAAUGCAGUUACUCGGAUUAACCUUUAUCCUUUAUGUAAAUAACAAGGUCCUGCAUAUUAGAACGUUAAGAGGCCCUUUAUUUCAAGGGAGUUUCCCGUUCGGAAAUAGAACACUCCAAACUCGUCCCGAGGGCGCUUUUUCCUUUAAAGUUUCGGAAGGGCGGGAAAAGCCAAGGAGAAAAAAAUGGUAAAUGCAAACAAACAAACAAAGAAAUAAAAUAAAACGAAUACAAUUUCCUCAAAUAAUUUUGAGCAGAUUUCGUUUGGGGGGUUGACGUCGCCGACAUUUUCCCCAUCGAAAUUUAUUCUUCCUGAAUUACUUUAUUUGGAUCAUAUUAUCAAGGGACCAAUGGUCACUUCGCCCCAUGGUCAUUUCGCCCCCAGUCACUUCGCCCCAUAAUCGAAGUCACUUCGCCCCAUACAGAAGUUACUUCGCUCCAUGAUAUAAUUAAAGUGUAUAUAUGCCCUACAAUAUUGUCUCUCUUUGCCUAACUGAUGUUAUAGUCGUUCCAUUUAUAAAUGCGAUGUUGAUGACAUGUUUGUAAUAGCUAGUUUCACUCGCCCCAAUCUCUCUUUGUCCCCCACGCAAUGCCGAUGUUGUUAAUGCACUCGUUGGUAAUUCGCGCUCGUUGAUCGAUGGCCGAUCGAAUUUCAAAAACUGUAACCCUGUAGAGUAUAAAUUGCAUAUAAAAACCUUCUGUUAAACAUGUUCGUAGUUAAAGGACUUAAAAAGCGAGCGAGAUCUUGGCGUAGUUAUAGUGCGAUUGUGUCCAAAUAUCUUUGUUUGAUUACGCGCGUUGUUUAGUGUUCACUUGUAGCACUUCCAUAGCAACAAGUCAAACAAAGUCCGUUGAUCGAUCGAUGGCCGAUCGUAUUUGAAAAACUUUGAAAACCAUCCACGGCUUUACGCGCGUUGUUUAAUAAACUGCCCUCAAAACCUUUUUUAUUGAGUCUAAAUGUAUUUGAUUUAUUGCGCGUGUAAUUGUACAGAACUUCUGUUAAUGAAGACUAUUGUUGUUUCCUUGCCACACGUACCCACGUACCCACGCGUAAUGUGUGAACUUAUGCCAAUUCAAGACUUUUCAAUUCGAGGCUUUUUUUUGGCACAACGCGCCGACCUUUCAAAGACUUGUUUAUUUGAAAAUUCGGAACACGACCUUAGCCAGAAUCAGUACGAGCACGUCAGCAAGGCCUCCAAUGUGAUGGUUGUUUUCGUUGCCAACAUCGUACUUGUGGAACGGGAAUCUCCCAGUGUGGUUACCGUUUUGCUGUGCAAACUGGUGCUUCCAUCGACUGGCGCUGUGCUACCUGCCUGUCCAUACGCAGGGAGGCCAAACUUACUGCCCUGCAGAUCCGCCUUGUUUCUGACAGGAAACUCAAAAGAAUCCAGCAACGAAAGUACCGCGACCUCCAGACCAAACUGUUCGACUUGUGGGACGAAUACAAGGCCAACGAACGGUCAGCCAAGCGGUUGCUGAAACCCUGCUCUUACCUGAAUGCACCGAGGGACUAGGCCGAUAAACCAAACAAACAAAAACUCAAACGGCUCCUUUAGGAGCCACCAAAUAAAAUAAAAGCAAUGAUCAACAAUGCAGUACAUAGAAUACA